UUACAAAAUAUGACAAUAUUUUCCUUUUGAACUGAUCACUUAUUUCAUUGUAAUGAACAUGAAUGCUAAUGCAAUGAUUUGGCCUUUUGACAAUCAGAAGAUUACAAACACAAUUUUUGGGUAUCUGGACUGCCAAAGUUUGAGGAUAGCUGAGCAUGUUUGCUUACAAUGGAAGAUGGCUAUAUAUGAUGGACACUUGUGGGAGAAAGUUUAUAGAAGAAAUAUGCAGUUGCCAGAUUGGAAGAAAUUGGAGCAAGUACUAAAACUCAGAAAUCCUGGUUUAUUUCCUUUUCCCUCUGAGUUUGUAAUCAACAAUUAUAAAGAAGCCUGCUGCCACAUGGAAGAUACAAUAAAGGGACUUGAGAGGAAAUGGACAAAAGGAAUUUAUACCAUCUCAAACUACAAAUGGAACUUACACCCCCAAAAAAAAAGAACCAGUGAACCUAUUUACUUUUCCAUGAGUGCGAGUUUGAUGGUGAGAGUUUCGCCAACUGGUCGAAUCAGCACGAGAAACCGAUGGGCACCAGAAGAGGAACAAAUUGCUCAUCUGUUACCGAACAAAAACAUCCCAAUCGAUAAUUUUGACCUGCAUCCUAUCAUCAAGUCAGUUCAGUUUAAUGGUGAUACUUUCGCUGCAGUUGGUCUUGUCGGCACUAGGAAGAUUUUAUUUUUAUUCAAUGUUAAAGAACACGCAGAUCCUCUGCUGUUACGGUGCUCAGCAUGGAGAGGGAUUGAAAAUACAGCUGCCGAUUCAAGUUACACUUUUAACCCAGAAAAUUGCAUUCGUUUGAAAAACGACGUACUUGUGCUUUGCGGCAAGAAGGUAGCAGGUUUUUCAACGGUAGUCUCCUUGAUGAAUACGAGAACAAAAGAAUCUAUGUAUCAGAACCUGGAGGUCACAAGCCGUGUAGGGCAACUGUCGGAUUUCACGCUUGACGACUGGCGCAUUAUCCUUUUUUUCGGCAGAAAAGAAAAUCCACGUCUACAACAAGUGGAUCGGUAUAUAUUACAAAUUCGCGACUUGGCUUCCUUUAUGCUGCUCAAAUCCUUUGUGCUUCCCAUUACUCGUUCCCGCGUCUGCCAUUUUGACUAUUCAAACGGACUCGCCGUCACAGGAUCAAACGAUAGCCCCAUAAGGAUAUGGAAUGUAGUUAAUGGAACUUGUGAUGGGGACUUUUCGCAUGGCGGAGACAGCCUUUUCGCAUUAAAAAUCAUCGCGGAUAGACUUAUAAUCACGUGUGACCACCAGGGUAUAAUCAAGUUAUGGAACUUAAAGGCAGCAACCGACCUGGCCAACCGAGACAAUCCAUCUCGUCUGUUGCUCCGAACCCUGGAUUCCCUGCCAUCCCCGUACAAAUUUCGCAGAGUCAAAACGUUAGCUAUGCAAGCCGACGAGUUCCAGGUAGCGCUAAUUCUUCAACACGAUACCAAGCGCCCACAGAUGUAUUUAAUGGAUUUUUUAGCAAGUGUGCUUAAUGAUGAAGAACUCGAAAAGAAAACAAGACAAGUUGGCGAAAGCCGUCAGCUAUAACUGUAUUUAUUCCCUUCCAUCAAAUAGGAUAGCAACAAUCUU